AGAAGUUUUUAUCCGAACUAAACAAUUAUACAUGCCAAGAUUCACACUUUAAGUCACAUGUGACGACAGCACGAUCACUGAUGAUCACUGAAAGCGGGAAGAAUUAUUAUGUACGAUUGGCAAGCGGUCGUAUCCAUGGCAACUGUAUCAUUGACCUUGCCAAGCUCAAACAGGUUCAAAACGUCCGACAUUGUAUCAAUUGCGCUUCUUUUACGACCGGCUAAAUCAAAUUCUAAAGAAAGAAAAUAAGACUAAGAUGCAGAACAUGACAAGUUUCCGGCAGAAACCAGGGGUACAUUUUUCAGAAAGAAAUGUCUUUGAAGCUGAAUGGUUUGACAAUGUAGCCUCUGUAUUGAGAAAAUUUUAUUUAUAUUAUUAUCCAGCUGACAAUACAGUUGAAUUGUUUGAUGUUAAAACAAAGAAGACGUUUUUAAGAAGAUCAAAGUGCGAAGGCCUUGAAGCUAAGGAUUUAUAUAUAGGAGGUGUAGUAAAAAUAUUCUCUCGAUGUAUGAAAAUAACAGAUUUUGGAGAUAGUGCUACAAGAAGCAAGUUAGCUUCAACUAUGCAAAGAACAUGUGCUACUCUGAAGCCAAAUGUUAUUGAUAAAAUGGGAGAGAUUCUGAAAUAUAUUACUAACCAUGACAUUCACAUUGGAAAUAUAAAAAUGGUAGCAUUAACUAAUGAAGAGGCUGCAGACUUUUACAGUCAUUUAAGAGGUCAUAAUGAACUCCCGUUUAUAUUGGAUUAUAUGAUAUCUGGACCAAUUGUGGCUCUGGAAUUAAUAGGAGAAAAUUGCAUUAAAAAAUGGCGAGAACUGAUUGGAGCAGAAACUAGUUCAGUGUCUGUUGAAAGUGGUAAAACAUCUCUUAGAGCGCGUUAUGGACAGGAUUCUAUACAUAAUAGUUUACAUGGUUCUGAUUCAGAAGAAGCAGCUGAACGGGAAAUAAACUUCUUCUUUUCUCAACCAAAAUCAAGAAGGAAGGGCCCAAAAAAUACAGCGGUAUAUAAAAAUUGCACAUGCUGUGUCAUAAAACCCCAUGCUGUACAAGCUCGUCUGAUUGGUGACAUCAUUAAUGAUAUACAGCAAGAAGGAUACAAGAUAUCAGCUGUCCAACAAUUUUAUAUUGAUCCCACCAACGCGGAAGAAUUUUUAGAGGUUUACAAGGGCGUACUGCCAGAUUACAACGCCAUGGUAGCUGAAUUACAAUCUGGGCCAUGUGUGGCUAUGGAAAUAACACAUGCAGACGAAUCUAUCAAUGUACUAACAGAGUUUCGAAAAUUAUGCGGUCCAAUGGAUCCAGAAAUUGCGCGUCAAUUGAGGCCGCACACACUCCGUGCAAAAUAUGGAAAAACAAAAAUUCAAAACGCUGUGCAUUGUUCAGACAUACCGGAAGACGGAUUAUUAGAGGUGGAAUAUUUUUUCAAAAUUCUGGCGGAGGAGUAAUUCAUAUCUAUAAUAUGAAAGAAUCCUACAUGCUUGAAUUUUUAAUAUGCUUUAAGCGACAAAUAAUCGUCAUACGUUAUGAAGUAACGCAUCUUUACAUGCACGCAAUGAAGAUUUUUACGUUUUAACAACACAUAUUGACUAGCGUUACAUGUAAUAAGUUUACAGGGUGCGCGUAUUUUCCAUAUUGUUGAUGCUAUUAGAUUUAUAGUAUAUAUUAAUAUGCACUAACCGUUAAAAUAUAACAUAUAUUCUAAGACUUAGGUUACUAAAAUAAAAAAAAAUUUUUUAAAUGUUUCAAUGCGUACGCAACUAUUUAUAAUUAAUUUUUUGCAAAGAUUUAUGGUUCAGCUACACAAGAUCUAACAUUGCUUGUAACCAAUUUUUGUUAAGAUAUAAUAUACGCGGUAAUGUAUUUCAGUUUUGCAGAAAUCGUGACCACGUACAUCAGCACUCAGUUUUCCUGUUUCCUUUUGUUAACUGAUAUUCCAUGGAAAUUGUGUUUAUUAAAAAUAUUAAUAAUUUCGUUGUCUGGAAUUAUCUACAGUC